AUGGCAACCAAGAGGAAAGCGGCUGAUAUGUCAGCUUCUGCUGAUGUAGACGAGGAUCCCGUUAGCCCAGAUGAUGAGUUCUUCUUCGUAGGCAUGGGUGGUUGCCAGGAAGUCGGCAGGUCGUGCCAUAUCAUAAGAUACAAAGGCAAGGUUAUCAUGCUAGAUGCUGGUCUGCAUACAGGCCGGGAAGGCCAGGCUGCUAUGCCAUAUUUUGACGCCUACCCCCUUGCUAAGGUCGAUAUCCUCCUGAUAAGCCAUUUCCACUUAGAUCAUGCAGCCGCUUUGCCUUACGUCCUCGCGAAGACCGAGUUCCAGGGCCGCGUCUUCAUGACACAUCCUACCAAAGCCAUAUACAAAUGGCUGAUUCAGGACUCUGUCAGAGUCAGCAACACAACAUCUACGUCGGACUCACGAACAUCACUUUACACCGAAGCCGAUCAUAUUGCCACCCUUCCCAAGAUCGAGACGAUAGACUUUUACACCACACAUACAGUUGCGGGAGUCCAGAUUACACCCUAUCCAGCCGGUCAUGUAUUGGGCGCUGCAAUGUUUCUCAUCAACAUCGCGGGUUUAAACAUUUUCUUUACCGGAGACUAUUCGCGAGAACAAGACCGGCAUUUGGUUGCAGCGCAGGUGCCGGACCUCUCCAGGACCGGAGGCAUCGACGUGUUGAUAACCGAGUCAACCUUCGGCAUCUCCAAUGCUCCUCCGCGUGCGGAAAGAGAAGCCGGCCUGCUCAAGGCCGUAACGAACGUAAUAAACCGAGGCGGGAAGGUUCUGAUGCCAGUCUUCGCGCUAGGUCGAGCACAAGAACUGCUUCUGAUCCUAGAAGACUACUGGCAACGCCAUCCAGAACUGCAGAAAUUUCCCAUCUAUUACACUGGAAACACGGCUCGGAAGUGUAUGGUUGUGUACCAGACGUAUAUCAACGCCAUGAAUGACAACAUCAAGCGCAUAUUCCGGGAGCGCAUGGCGGAAGCAGAAGCUAGCGGCAAUGCCAAAGGAGUCAGCGCCGGGCCGUGGGAUUUCAGGUUCGUGCGCAGUCUUCGCAAUCUGGACCGAUUUGACGAUGUUGGCGGCUGUGUCAUGCUUGCUUCUCCGGGUAUGCUUCAGUCUGGUAUGUCGAGAAUCUUGCUCGAGCGAUGGGCACCAGAUCAGCGAAAUGGCGUUGUCAUGACGGGAUACAAUGUCGAGGGUACCAUGGCUAGGACUAUCCUCACCGAACCCGACCAGAUCCCGGCCAUCAUGAGUGGAAGUAACGCGGGUGCCGGUCAAGCGAUGGGCCGUAAGACACGCGACGAUGAUAACGUCGUGAUGAUUCCGAGGCGAUGCAGUGUGGAGGAGUUCCAAUUCGCCGCCCACGUAACAGGAGUGGAAAAUGUCGAGUUCAUCGAACAGGUCCGAGCACCUCAUGUUAUCUUGGUGCAUGGCGAGCGGUCGCAGGCUGCGAGAUUGAGGUCGAGACUCUUGGAUCUCAAUUCGAAGAGAGCUGAUCCUUUGGCUCAACAGGCCAAGGUCUACAGCCCCGAAAACGGCACCGAGGUCAAGAUACCAUUCCGAAAGGACAAGGUGGCCAAAGUUGUUGGUAAACUUGCCCAAUUACCACCGCCCAAGAGCAUUGAUGCUGAGGACACUCGAGUUGUCAAUGGCGUCCUGGUGCAAAGCGGUUUCAAGCUCAGUCUCAUGGCGCCCGAAGACCUACGCGAGUAUGCUGGCCUGACAACCACAACCAUCCUAUGUCGGCAACAUAUCACGCUUGCGGCUGCCAGCAUCGACCUCAUCAAGUGGGCCCUCGAGGGAACAUUCGGCAGCAUCGAGGAGGUAGGAGCAGCCAAACAAGAUCUUGAUACAUCUAUGAUCAACGGCGGCGUCAAGGAAGAAGGAGAUAUGAUCAAGGAAGAAGCCGAGGAAGAGAUUCUCUCCGACCAAUCGCGCAUAUUCCUUGUUAUGGGGUGCAUCACGCUAAAGUGGUCGGGCCGUGAAAAGCAGGUCGAGCUUGAGUGGGAGGGCAAUACCGGCAACGACGGAAUUGCCGAUGCCAUCAUGGCCGUUCUGAUGACGGUCGAAAGCAGCCCGGCAUCGGUGAAGCACUCAAGCCAGACUCACAAUCAUGAUCAUGGACAAGUCAAUGGCGACGUCAAGUCUCACAACUUACACGCAAAUCUCUCUCCCGAGGAACGGUUCAAUCGACUCUGCAUGUUUCUCGAGGAGCAGUUUGGCGAAAACGUCACACCGAUAGAAGAUUCACGCGUUCCAGCCCCGUCCGCUGGCGUCGAAAAGGCGGAAAGUGAUGAAGAUGAGAACGAGAAAGCUCUGGCGCUCACUGAACGAGCGAGAUUGGCUGCUCUAGGCAUACCUGUGCCAGGGUUGGAAAUCAAAAUUGACAAAUAUGUGGCACGGCUAUGGCUCGAGAAUUUGGAGGUUGAAUGCGCGCAAAAGACACUUAAGGAUCGCGUGCAGGCGGUGGUCGAGCGAGCAGUUGAAACGGUCGCGCCGUUGUGGUCCGUCGCGAAAGCCUGA